GCAGUUUACUCUGCACAUAAUCCCCUGUCACUGAGCGAUGAGGCUGCAGCCACUGAUCCCAGUCACUCAGGAAUGGGGCAGAGCGCUCUCCGCCUGAAUCCCCUUUGUGUUUGGAUAUUACGGCACAGUACGCGGCGUAGAUAGGAGCCCGCCCUGUGGUGCACAUCUGCAAGGAGCUGCUGAGCGUGCCGCUGUGGACGUGCUCAGUGCACAGCAAUAGUGUUCAUCUGAAGAGUUGAAGAAUUUUGGACCAACAUAAUCAUAAAACUGCAGUUCUUCAAACAAUAAAAAACAGCUAGGCCAAAGGGAAGAGCGUCCCAAUGCUUUACAAAGACCUCUGACGGUUAAAGAACAAUUAUGGCCAGCUCUGCUCGGGACCAUUUACUUUUUGUUCGAAGGCGCAACCCUCAGCUUCGGUAUACGUUAAGUCCAGAAAAUCUUCAAAGUUUUGCAUCUCAAAACACAAUGACUGAGAACUUGAACUUUCAGCGGGCCAACAGUGACACUGACUUGGUGACUUCCGACAGUCGAUCCAGUCUGACCGCGAGCAUGUAUGAAUAUGUAUUGGGGCACUCUCAGGAACUUAUCAUCUUCUGGGAUAUAAAAGAAGAAGUGGAUCCCACCGAUUGGAUUGGGCUUUAUCACAUUGAUGAAAAUUCUCCUGCAAACUUUUGGGAUUCGAAAAACAGAGGUGUAACUGGAACUCAAAAAGGACAAAUUGUCUGGAGAAUUGAGUCUGGUCCCUAUUUUAUGGAACCUGAAAUAAAAAUUUGUUUUAAGUAUUAUCAUGGCAUCAGUGGAUCUUUGAGAGCGACGACACCUUGUAUCACUGUGAAAAAUCCAGCUGUACAGAUGGGUGCAGAUGGUAUGGAUGGAUUUUCUGCUUCUCCGCAAAGCCGAAAGCUUGCUAGCAUCACUUUGUCAGAUAUUAGAGCUGUGGGGCUAAAGAAAGGGAUGUUUUUUAAUCCGGACCCUUAUCUCAAGAUGUCUAUUCGACCUGGAAAAAAGAGUACAUUUCCAACUUUUGCCCAUCACGGUCAAGAAAGGAGAUCAACAAUUAUUGCAAACACCACAAAUCCAGUAUGGCAAGGAGAGAAAUAUUCCUUUGUUGCUCUUCUGACGGAUGUUUUAGAAGUUGAACUAAAAGAUAAAUUUGCCAAAAGUCGCCCCAUCAUCAAAAGGUUCCUUGGAAAAUUAACUAUUCCAGUACAAAGGCUCUUGGAAAGACAUGCAAUUGGUGACCAGGUACUAAGUUAUAAUCUGGGUAGAAGACUCCCAACUGAUCAUGUAAGCGGAUAUUUACAGUUCAAAGUUGAAAUAACAUCAUCAAUUCAUGAUGAUGCUUCUCCGGAGGCAGUCGGCACGCUGCUUGCUACCAACAAUAUCAACGGUGAUCUCGGUACACCUUCCGACGAUGAAGAUAGCCCUGCAGGUCACGAUUCACCUUCAUAUUCCAAUGGCCCCCUACAUGCAGAGUCUUUACUGGACGGGGUAAGAUCAAGCAUCACCGUUGAGACAAACUGUAAUGAGACGGCUAGCACCUCUUCGAGGCUGUCACCUAUUCGAAACCGCCAGGACUCUCUUAAUGAUUACCUUGAUGCAAUUGAACAGAAUAAUAACAAUGCUAAGUCUUGCGCUCCUGCGUCUGUUCCUUGCGAUCGGCCACUUGGAGCUUCGCCAAAGCUACGGAGCAGUUUUCCCACAGAUACAAGGCUCAAUGCAAUGCUUCAUAUUGAUUCAGACGAAGAAGAUCAUGAAUGUCAGCAAGAGGCGAUGUGUCAUUCACCAUUACUGGAAGAAGGCGGACUCGUGCUACGCUGUAGUAACGAUGCAAAAAAAGACUGUUCUUUUCAUAUAUCCUCAAGUCGAGAGGAGCAUAGCAGUUCCGAAAAUACACAGCUGAACCCACAAACGUCUGAUGUUUCAGAAGGUAACGCUCAGACUUUAAAUACAGAACAACCAAUGUUCGGAGCAGUUGGAGGGAAGGCUGAAGGUACAGUAGGCGGUGUUGUUGAGGAGACGGACACUGCGCUGUGCAUUUGUGAGGGGGUACAGGAACCCUCACAUGUUAAUGGGGAGGUGUUUGAAACAACUGAAAUCGGGAAGAGUGACAUUGAUGCAAAUAUAUCUGAGCCUACAUUAUGUCCACCCGCUCAGGAAGGGUCUGAAAUAGGAGCAUGUAUUUCGACUAAUACACAAACUGCAUGUGAAGACGGUGGCGGUGUCGAAGAAAGGACAAAUAAUGAGGGCAGAGAUGUUAUUUUUAAUUUUAACUUUACUUCGGGAAGUUUUACGCAAAGUACAUGUUCUUCGUCUGUAGACAGUUCGGAAAGCCCUGCUCUAUAUGCAAAUUUUGAGGGAUGGGGGGCUUCUGUUUUCGGAUCUGGGCCUUCCACUGAUUUUGAGGUGCAGGCUUCCCAAUGCAACCCUUGUUCCCUUCCAACUGUGAACAUCAACAGAAACAAAGAGGUAGAUCAAAGUGGAGCAGAAAUGUGUGAAGGAGAUGAGACAGAGGAAAUUUGGCAGAGAAGAAAUGUACAAACAGCUACCACCAGUAGGCAACACACUCAGGAUGAGGAUUCCGGCGGAGCACAGGCAUCAUCGAUGGAUAUUUUACAGAGUACCUUGCAAAGUGAAGGUGCCACAGCAGGUUCCCAAGUGAAUGGCCAUCAACCACUGCGGUCACUUCCUUCAAUCCGACAAGAUGUCAGCAGAUACCAGAGAAUAGAUGAAGCUUUACCACCUAAUUGGGAAGCGCGGAUUGACAGUCAUGGUAGAAUAUUUUAUGUGGAUCAUGUAAAUCGUACGACAACAUGGCAACGACCUACAGCUCCUCCAGCUCCACAGAUCUUGCAGAGAUCAAACUCAAUUCAGCAAAUGGAGCAGCUUAAUAGACGGUAUCAAAGCAUCCGACGAACGAUGACUAAUGAUCAAGCCGAGGAAGUGUCACAUCCGGUUGAAGGGGCGGUAGCAGGGGAUGAUGUGGAUUAUCAUCAUUCAAAUGCAGAUUUCCGGAGGGAGAAUGCUCUUCCUCAUUCUACCUCAAGGUCCAGGCUCAGUUUGUUGCUCAAUUCCCCUCCUGUGAAAUUUCUUACUAAUCCAGAGUUCUUUACAGUUUUGCAUUCAAACCCUAGUGCCUAUCGCAUGUUUACAAAUAACACAUGCUUAAAGCAUAUGAUCACCAAAGUUCGGAGAGACACUCAUCAUUUUGAGCGCUAUCAACACAAUCGAGAUCUUGUGGGAUUUUUAAAUGUAUUUGCCAAUAAACAACUGGAGUUACCAAGAGGCUGGGAAAUGAAGCAUGAUCAUCAAAGCAAGCCUUUCUUUGUUGACCAUAAUUGCAGGAGCACUACUUUUAUCGACCCUCGUCUUCCAUUGCAAAGCAGCAGACCAACUAGUGCAUUGCUUCAUCGGCAGCAUUUAACGAGGCAGCGCAGCCAUAGUGCUGGGGAGGUUGGAGAUAACGCCCGUCAUUCAGGCCCACCAGUUUUACCAAGGCCAUCCAGUACUUUUAACACAGUCAGUAGAAGUCACUAUCAAGAUAUGAUGACAUUAGGUUACAAUGAGAAAAUUGUUGCAUUUUUACGUCAGCCAAACAUCUUUGAAAUCCUACAGGAGCGUCAGCACGAGCUCUGCAGGAAUCAUGCACUCAGGGAAAAGAUACAGUUUAUUCGAGUAGAAGGGCCCUCAGGACUGGUCCGCCUCUCCGGUGAUGCAGAUCUCGUUAUUCUGCUCAGCCUUUUUGAAGAAGAAAUAAUGUCCUAUGUUCCACCACAUGCCUUACUUCUUCCCAGCUACUGUCAGUCUCCCCGAGGAUCCCCUGUGUCUUCUCCACAGAAUUCACCCGGUACCCAACGUGCCAAUGCAAGAGCACCAGCACCUUACAAAAGAGACUUUGAAGCAAAGUUACGAAAUUUCUACCGUAAGCUGGAAACUAAAGGAUAUGGUCAAGGUCCUGGGAAAUUAAAAUUAAUAAUACGAAGAGAUCACUUAUUAGAAGAUGCCUUCAACCAAAUAAUGGGGUAUUCAAGGAAAGAUCUUCAAAGAAAUAAGCUAUACGUCACUUUUGUUGGAGAAGAGGGGUUGGAUUACAGUGGGCCAUCAAGGGAAUUCUUCUUCCUCGUGUCUAGAGAGCUCUUUAAUCCAUAUUACGGUUUAUUUGAGUAUUCAGCAAAUGACACUUACACAGUACAAAUAAGUCCAAUGUCUGCAUUUGUCGACAAUCAUCACGAAUGGUUUAGAUUCAGUGGUCGUAUCCUGGGAUUAGCUCUCAUACAUCAGUACUUGCUAGAUGCCUUUUUCACACGUCCAUUUUACAAGGCCCUUCUUCGAAUACUUUGUGACCUGAGUGACUUGGAGUACCUUGACGAAGAGUUCCAUCAGAGUCUACAGUGGAUGAAAGAUAAUGAUAUCCAUGAUAUUCUAGAUCUAACGUUCACUGUCAAUGAAGAAGUGUUUGGUCAGAUUACAGAACGCGAGCUCAAACCAGGGGGAGCUAACAUAGUAGUGACUGAGAAGAAUAAAAAGGAAUACAUUGAAAAAAUGGUAAAGUGGAGAAUUGAAAGAGGUGUUGUACAGCAGACAGAAAGCCUUGUGCGUGGAUUUUAUGAGGUGGUAGACGCUCGCCUAGUAUCAGUUUUUGAUGCAAGGGAACUUGAGCUAGUUAUAGCGGGAACAGCAGAGAUUGAUUUGAGUGAUUGGAGAAGCAACACAGAAUACAGAGGAGGUUACCAUGACAAUCACAUUGUUAUUCGGUGGUUCUGGGCGGCUGUUGAAAGAUUUAAUAACGAGCAACGCCUGCGACUGUUACAGUUUGUAACUGGUACAUCCAGUAUCCCAUAUGAAGGCUUUGCAUCUCUCAGAGGCAGCAACGGGCCCCGGCGAUUCUGUGUGGAAAAAUGGGGGAAAAUAACUGCUCUUCCCAGAGCCCAUACGUGUUUUAAUCGCCUUGAUCUUCCGCCAUAUCCUUCAUUUUCUAUGCUGUACGAGAAACUGUUAACAGCCGUAGAGGAAACAAGUACAUUCGGCCUUGAAUAGUCUUACAGACGUCUCAAAAUCAAAAAUGACCCUCGUUUUGUAACAAGAAGCUUUUAAAUCCAUGAACUUACGUGGAUAUAGCCACAGAGGUAUAAACAAAAAAAAAACAUACAACAGGAAGACGUCAGCGGCCAAGACUAUAAGGACGAAUUGCAUCAAGGAUUACAAUGGAAAUGAUUAAUAAUAUUAAAAUAGUGCACACUGGAAUCAAUGGACGUAGACUUAUAUAAUGCAUUCCAAUUUCUACAGGUAAUGUUUAGGUGCUUGCAUGGUACGCAUCUUCAGUUUUGUUACACUAGCCGAUAUCAGUCUUUAUCGGUCAGAUUAACUGAAUACUUAAUGUGUCAAAACCUAUGCAUGUUUAUAUCUACAACCUCUUUUAGUGACUUUAUCAGAUUUACCUGAUCUAACACAAGCAAAAAAAGGCCUGCACAUUCUCUAGAUCAAUGUAUAGUUCUUGAACAAACUGACAUGGAUGUUACUGCUUUCUACACAUCUGUAUGUCACCACCGUUUUCAAAUCAUCCACCCAUAUGCCAGCACUAUACAUAACGAAGUGUAUUGUAAACUGUCUUAUUUAUUCUGUGCAUCUGCAAAUGUUGCAGUCACUUAUAUCUUUAUGUAUCUUGAUUGAUAUGGUCAUUAUUUGCAAUUAUUUUUAAUUUAUUAUAAAUCUCAAAAAUUGCAUAAGGAAGCAGGAAUCUGUGAAGCAGUAUUGUAGAAGUGAACUUUAUAGAAAGCCUUAAACUGAAUCUUCAGGUAGAGAACAGGACAUGAUGAUGAUGAUGAUUUCUAAACCAUGUAAUAGAAAAUCUGAGAUCAUUGCCCAAAGUAACUAAUCAUAGCUCAGCUUUCAUUUCUUAAAGGGCAUCUGUCAGCAGUUUUGUACCUAUGACACUGGCUGACCUGUUCCAUGUGCACUUGGCAGCUGAAGGCAUCUGUGUUGGUCCCAUGUUCAUAUGUGUCCGCAUUACUGAGAAAAAAUAUGUUUUAAUAGAGGGUUGAGCGAUUUUGGUUCGGAUUGCUUUUAAAAUAAUGAGGCACGAAGCUGAGUUCAGCUUAGUCUUUUGAUACAGUAAUUUAUGCAAGGAAACCAACUGACACAUGAUAGAAACGAGACGAAGUAAGUCUCACGAUAUUUGCAGAAACUUCGGAAAGACCUCCAAGGAGGGCAUACAUUUUACAGUAGGACGGAGUCCAUAUUACGUUUUAAACGAAUUGGGUUCAGAUACAGAAAUCCGAACCCGAUUCGCUCAAUCCUAUUUUAAUAUAUGCAAAUGAGCCUUAAGGAGCAAUGAGGGCAUUGCUGUUACACCUAGAGGCUCUCUGUUUUAGCACUCCCAGAUGCCGUGGUCAUAUUUCACCUGGGCAUCUGAGGGGUUACAUGUCUGCAAUUGGCAUUACCACCGAUUGCAGACAGCCUCGGGCCUUUACUGUGUAAAGCAGCAGAAACCUGGCGGUUAUGGUGGCUGAUGUGCUCAAAGUGCAGAGGGCGCUGCAGUUGCAACUCCCCUAUUGCUCCUAAAGGCUCAUUUGCAUGCAAAUAAUGGCAGGUUUGCUAAAGGAGGCUCAUGUCAUUGUCACUAUGCUAAAAAGAAAACAAUCAGCCCUGGCAUUUUACAGUAUUCGAAUAGUAAUCAUGCGAGGAGCCAUGGCGACAGAUGCCUGUUGUAACCUCGCACUGCACAUGUGUGAAAAAGAUUCUGGUGCAAAGUAGAAAUGGAUGGGUGCACACUCAUAUUCUUCUCCAUAGAGAAAGAUGGACUGUAUUUGUAA